AUGGCUCGAGCUGCGGUUUUCGCGCUCACCCUCGCGCUGCUGCUCGUGGUGGCGCGCGCCGGCAGCCCCAUUACAAGCUCGACGGCGAACGAGAAGCCCGACCAGAGCAGCAAGAAGGACGACGGUCUCAUGACCGAAAUCCCCGCGGCCAUUGCGAAGCAGGCGGCGGCGGGCAACGCGGAGGGAGUGACAUACGUUGACACGGCGCAGGACACGUUCUUCAUGGCUGAUGUGAAGAAGGCCGGGUGGAACGCGCAGAAAUGCCCGCCGGGUUUGAACAAGGAGCUGGCGGGCGCGUGCACGCCCAAGAAUUGCUCCAAGGGCGGCAUUGCGGCCAAGUGGAAGACGGCGUACCUGCAGAAGAACAAGCUCGGGUACGAGCUGUACGUGCCGGGUAACCCGCUCACGCUGCUCAAGGCCAACCCUGCGUCGUGCUGCAACACGUGCGCCGCGACGCCGGCGUGCACGUACUGGCAGUACAUUCCCGACAUCACGAUCGACGGCAAGAAGGGCAAGGGCGCGUGCUACCUGAUCCACGACCAGAUCGACUUCACGUGCGGAGAGAUGACCGCGCAGUACAGCACGGAGACGAAGCCCGUGCCGCUUCAGGUGCGCAUCGGCGGCGAGUGCAACCCGAGCGCCAAGAUUCUCAACGACCCGCAUCUGGUGGGCGCGCACGGCACGCACUUCGACUUCAACGGCCGCCCCGAUAAGGCCUUCUGCCUGCUGACGGACCGCGACCUGCACGUGAACAUGUUGCUGCGCGGGUACUACGACGAGCGCACCGACAACGCGGCGCUGGUCGUCGACGGCAAGGCCGUGCACACGUGGAUCAAGGAGCUCGGCAUUGUGUGGACCGCCAAGGGCGUCGACCACAAGAUUCGCAUCGCGGCGCGCGGCGGCAAGCAGCAGGAGCGCGGCGACGGGUUCGUGAAGAGCAUAGAGAUUGACGGUGAGGCGAUCCCGCGCAUGCAGGUGGGCGACAGCGUGACGAGCGACGGCGGGCUGACGAUCCAGUUCCGCGCGCUGGAGAAGGAGGGGCCGUUCGAUGUGGAUUACUACCUGCUGACGAUCGACGGCCUGAUUUCGCUCGACCUCCGCCUGCGCGUGGCGCACCCGAAGCUGCAGACGCCGAGCGACGCCGAGGCGCACAUUAACGUUGGCAUUGCGGAGCUGGAGCACACCGACGCGAUUCACGGCGUGCUCGGGCAGACGUACCGCGACGACCACGCGCAGCGCGCUGCGGACUUCCAGAAGCUGAUCGCGAGCCUGCACCGUCCGAUCUCCGCCGACAGCGCGGAGGGGCAAGGGUUCCUGGAUGGCACUCCGCGGUCGUACGAGGCCAGCGACGUGCUUGCUGUGGACUGCGCUUACACCGCGUAUGGCCGCGCCAGACAAGCCUCUGCCGCGCCCGCCCGUCAGGCCCGCUGCCGCGACUGCCCGUUAGGCCUGCUGCCUACCCGCCUCGCCUGCCCGUUAGGCCCGCCGCGCCUGCCCGUUAGGCCCGCCGCGCCCGCCCGUCAGGCUCGCCUCGGGCCCUGCCUUCGCGCUGCCGCGCCUACCCGUUACGCCCGCUGCCGCGCCCGCCCGUCAGGCCCGCCGCGGGCCCUGCCUUUGCGCCGCCGUGCAUGCCCGUUCGCCGCUGCUGCGCCCGCCCGUCAGGCCCGCUGCCGCGCCUGCCCGUUAGGCCCGCUGUCGCGCCCGCCCGUCAGGCCAGCCGCGGGCCCUGCCUUCGCGCCGCUGCGCCUGCCCGUUACACCAGCCGCCGCGCCCGCCCGUCAGGCCCGCCGCGGGCCCUGCCUUCGCGCCGCCGUGCAUGCCCGUUUGCCCCUGCCGCGCCUGUCAGCUAUGCCCCCCGCGGGCCCGCCCCUUGCGCCCGCCGUGCCUGCGUUUUGCGCCCGCCGGGGGCCUGCACUCGCUACCCGCCAUCUCUCCCAGUGA